UAAAUAUGAACAACAUAAUAUUCACAUACAACCACUUCAGACGUUUCCAGUUUGCCAGCUGUGAACAUUGACUCCUUGAAGCUUGCCUUGCACAUCAUGAAACAACUAUUAAACAACAUAUUGCACGUCUGGAGCAUUUAAUAAAGUUUUGUUACUAUGCGGUCGCUAUUUCUUGCAUCGUUAAAUCAACAAAUUUGAAUCUGCCAACGUCACUGACAACGAUAAAUUACAAAUAUGCAUUCAAAGUCGAACAAAGAAUCUUUGAUUGUGUCUAUGGCCGCUCCAUGAGGCGGCCAAAAUGGUCAGACCAGUCAUAUUUUGAAUCGUGAUAUAGCCACGUUGCAACGUAUAUGCCAAUCUUGCAAGUGUGUCGUAAUGAUGUCUUUGAAGCGACACAAAAAGAAAUUCGUUCAUCCCGACAUUUCGCCGAAAGUUGACGUAACGCAGAACAUAUUUAUGAUAAUAUUAGUCAAUUCUGCCGCAAAGGGAAUCAAGUACCGCCAACGUCGCGAAGCUAUUCGUCAAACAUGGGGAAGUACGGGUAAUUGCGAACAACUUAAAGCAUUGGGAGAUGGAAGACUGAAAGAUCUAAGAUGGUUGUUGGUGUUUGUUGUUGGAAAAUCAGGACCGGGAACGCGUGACGAUGAAUUAAAUGAAGCUGAAGCCAGACGGUACAAUGAUAUGUUGAUAGGCAAUAUCAUUGAAAACUACAGGAAUAACAUUAUCAAACUCUACAUGGGUCAUCUUUGGGCGAACAAAUUUGAUGUAAAAUAUACCAUGAAAACAGACGAUGAUGUUUAUGUGCGUAUACCUCGCGUGUUGGAGUAUCUUGUGAAUGCUAAACUUCCGAGACCCUUCUACGGAGGACAUUCUUACCCACCACGUUAUAAUGUAAAUCGUGAAGUUGGUCACAGAUGGGCAAUUAGUUACAAGUACUAUGAAGAAAAGCGAUUCCCAACGUUCAUAACCGGGGCAUUUUGCAUCUUAUCCAGUGAUCUUCUAAACAAAUUAUUUAACUAUGUCCAUAUACGAAAACCAUUCCACAUAGAUGAUGCGUACGUUGGGGUUGCCAUGCGAGAUCUUGGAGUAAAGCCAACUAACAUCAUUUCGUUUCAUUUAAUAAACGCAAUGCGAAGGUAUGUAGCAUCUUUCAAAGACUGUGAGAUCUUCAGUUGGAAUGCUUUCGGACAUUCUUUGGAUCCACGAUCAAUUAAAGAACUUCAUGUUCGCGUGCAGACUCUUGUGUGUAAGAAUACCACUUUGAAUAUUGAGGAUCAUCGUUGCAGAAAUAAUUCAAAUUAAUUUGUUGCAUUUGACUUAAGUUCUACAGUAUACUAUAUAACCAGGGAGCAGCGUGGCAGCGUCUUCAAACAACUUAGCAUCAAAUCUGGUAUAACAACUGCCUAAAAUAGACAAAACACUUCUCGACGUUUCGACCUGAGGGCCUUCGUCAGGAGAGUUAGUCAUACUAUAGCUCCUGACAAAGGCGCUCCGCUCGAAACGUCGAGGAGUGUUUUGUCUAUUUUAGGCAGUUCAUACACACUAAAUCUAAUACACAAAUUCUUUCUUUAAUUUUUUAAAUGUUUUGCUUUUUCGUCUAUAUUAAAACCGAUGUAUUUGUUCUGCGCAUAUAUUCUGCGCAUAACAAUGUUUGUUUUCGUAUUUUCUUCUGGUAUUUUGAAGAAAACAUAAAGCGAAGCUUGUAAAUAAACCGUUAUUUAAAACUUUAUAUAUUUGUAAAUAUAGGAAAAGAGAGAAGUAGCGACGACAAAUAGCGUCGCCAUAUCGUGUCCUUAUUCAACAAAUAAAUUCUUGAAGCAUU